AACGUCGAUACAGAUAAUGCAAGACAUCAAAUUUCGUUCGAAAAUACUGAAAUUUCUGAGACCGGUGGUUCUGGAAAAAUCUCAUCUGAAAUAAGUAUAUUAAAUAAGCCUGAAGUAUCCAAUUCAGAGAAAUUACUAGAAACUGAGAAAAAUAUUGCAACAAUGGGGUGGUCAAAAAUUAUUUCACCUUGUUCACGGGCACGAGAAUUUUCAGAGGAUCUUUUUGCAGAUAAUAAUAAACUUUUUUGCAAGUUUUGUAAUAUAAGUAUUGGCUGGCAAAAUAAGGCUACUAUUACUACACAUAUAAAUUCAAAAGCUCACAAAGAUUCCUGCCGUUCAUACGUCGCUGCCAAUCGUAAUGACCGUCAACAGUCUCUUCAUGCCACAAUGGUGGUCGCAGAUAGGAGAAAACAAAUAAUUUAUGAUUUAGGUGGUUCUAUUUCUUUAGCUGAUAGUAUUCGAAAACAUCAUUUAAGUGAUAUUUUUGAGCAGCAUUAUGAACAACUUUGUGGAAUAUUUUGUGGUAAACCAGUUUCUAUUAUAAUUGAUGAAACUACAGACAAAAAAACCCAUAGUGUAAUUAAUACACUUUUUAGUUAUCAAGGUCAAACAAAAUUAAUUUCAAUUGAUUUUAUAUCUCAAGUGAAUAAUGUUACAGUAGAUUUAACAGCUUAUAUGAAAAAAUCUAUUAGAGAAAUUUUACAACCCGUAAUGCCACAAAUUCAACAUAAUACAUAUUAUAUUUCAACUAAUUCUGAUAACAGUUUAAAUUCUCAAGAUACUCAACAAUUAACUUUACGAUUUAUGCCAUUACCUAAUACAACAAGAUAG